AGCAGCAUUUCACAAACGUUUUAGCUGUCCGGGUCGAACGGUCGGUGGUACUUCUUCUUUUAAAUUGGCGCUUUAAAGAAAAACAAAAUAAAAACUAACAUAAAAGCGUAACGUUUUCCUUAUUUCUCCGUUAUAAAUUUACAAAACAUUUUGAAUGGUGACUGUGCAAAGUGUAAAUCUUACCACACAAAAAUCUAAAAAUCUCACGGACUUGCAACAUCAACUGUUGUUGCAGUUGAAUGACACUUGCAUUGAAAUACAAAAUCAAAACGAUUUGAAUUUCUUAAGAAAACAAGUGAUAUUAAAUAUUCUGGAAAUUUGCCAAGACUGUGCAAAAAUGGCAGCUUUGCCUCAGGGAGCAUUCGUAGCAUGCAAAUUACGAGACCAAUAUCGCGAUCGUGAUCUUAUGGUGUCACGCAUCAAAUCGGGUGGCGAUAAGAAUGAAUCAAAGUUCUAUAAUUGCAAUAAAAAAUUAAUGGAAUAUAGCCCCGUCAAGUAUAAUGAAAAGCUUAUGAAUUCUAUUUGGGGAUUUUACAACCGCUAUUCACCCCAUAAUAUCAAGAGUAAUGAAAUCGUUUCGUAUGAUCGCUACUUUAAUCAGCAACAGCAAUCAUCUGCUGUUGCUAACCAGCUCAUUGCUCAUAAUAUAGCAAUGACUGCCACCUCUUGCAUGGAGUGGAAUUUUAAAAAGAACUAAGCCAAUUUUGUGAAAAUAAAAGAAGUCAUAUUUAAAAGUCAUAAAUAUAUAUGUUAUAAGAGAUUAUUUGCAAUAUUUGUUAUGUGUUCCCUUUAUAAUAUUUUAUAUAUCUUAUAUAUCUUUAUAUAUCUUAUAUCUAUUUUAUAUACCAUUAAAAUAUAUACUCCAUGCAUUAUAAGUUAUAAAAAGUUGAAUAUCUAUUCCACACUGUUGAAUUAAUAAAACAAGGAGGCGGCACAUUAAUUUUAACUCUUUGGAAUAGUAUACAAUUUUUAGUUUUUUUAUUUAAUUGUAUUUUUAUAAAAAAAAUAAAAAAAAAUUCUGGCAAUGUA